AUGGCGGAAGCGUCUUGCAGCGGAGGGACGCCCUUCAAGCGGUUCGUCGACCAGCAGAACCGCGAUGUCAGCCAUCACCAGGACCGCCUCUUUCAUAAUGCAUUCUCUCCAGCACAAAAUUCAUUUAGAUCAUCGCCAGCCAAUCAAUCAGCACAGGCCCAGAAUGACUUCGGCGCAUUCAUGAAUGGCAGCUCAUCACAAUUCGGGGGCGCGGCCCUCCAACAUCCUCACCAUGCUACUGGAAUAUUACCAGGGCACCCACAAGCUUUCGAGUCCAGGUGGCAUCCUUCAGCUCCGUUGUCACAGGUCGAGAUGGCGCAGCAGCCGAGGUCAGCAGACAUGAGCAACUGGGCGGCCGACUUUACUCGUUUCUCCGGCCAGCAGCAGGCCCCAGCUCACCCCAUGGCGGUUAACGGUGCAGCGCAACCUUUGGCGCAUAUGCAGUCACAUCACCAGGCCCCGGCAUUAAGUUUCCAAUCAGCCUUUCAGUUUCCGAACGCUGGGUUCUCGCCGCUCUACGGCCCAACCAAUGGAGGAAUGAUGGAUCCCAACGCGGCGGCUGCACAGCGGCCCGCUGCCGAGGCCGACUUCGACCAAGAAAUGACUCGCUGGAUGGAAGCGAAUGGCCCAGCGUCGAAUGCUAAAGCCAUGGAAGAUGUUGAUGCCAUCAUGGAGCAAAUGGCCCGCGAGCUGGACAUGAACGACGGGGCUUUCAAGGAUGGGGAAGCCGCCGCGCCGCUUCAUCAAGACCCUCGUUUCACUGACCUCGAGACACCAGAGAUCCGGAAUCUCACCCCGGAUACUCUAUCCCAAACGAUAAACAACGAGCCACAAGUCGAGCAAGUUAAGCCGCGAUCCGAGAUAUCAGAAGCAGCAGAGAAGCUGCUAGAUACCGUGCAAAAUGAACAGGGAGAAAAGUGGAAGAACUCUGUAUUUCUAUCUCUGAUGCGGGACUUCAGAGAUGGAAAGAAAGACAUCGUCGAUAACGAAGUUCAAGUUAUGCCCUACCCGAGCGCAGAGGAGACGGAGGGUGGCCUUUGUCACCCUCACUAG